ACGUCAACCUCUAAUCAGGGACACUGGAAAAUACAGGCAACUGUCCCGUAUCAGGCUUUUUAAGCAGUUGCCCUGCUUACGCAGAAAUCUGACAGAAUAAGAGAGCAGGUCCUACCUUACAAAGUUGCCAUAAUAAGGGGACAUUAGUUGGCAUAAAUUUGUUUUAAGUACAAUACGUUUUUAGUCUUAGUCGUUAUCUGACUGUACUGGGUCAUACGUACCCAAGAUCAUCAGAUUUAAAAUGCACAGAGCAGAAUCUUGAGGCCAAAACAGGCGACACUUUUAAUGACUAGUGGAUAACACUAAUCUAUGUACCUUCAGCAAGCUUAGUAGUGUAUGUGCAAGGCUAGGCAUACAAGUACAUGAAAAAGGAAGGGGACGAGAACUGUGGAACAGGUCAGAAUUCAGUGACCAAUGAGCCUUGUCUGUUUCCUUAAUCUGCAUGGUUAGCCAGAAUCCAGGAUGUUUGAAGAGGAGGCCUGGAAUGAUGAUCCUCAGUCUUUGUCACUGGUGAAAACUUUCUCCCAAGUUAAAGGAGACUUCAGCAACACAAGCAGUGUGGUGAGAAACAUUCCUGAGGGGAAAAAUAGGAAGAAACUACUGAAAACCUUGCAGAUUCUAAAAGCAGCUUCCAGAGGGAGCCAGAUUUUUAGUGUGUCUGAGGAGCAGCCCAAGCGUUCAGAUUCUGAAGAUAGUGAACCUGACCCAGUGGUAACCAAGAAGAAAAGGAAAAAGAAGCGAUCCAGGAAAAGUAGAAGCAAGUCCGGUACAGACCAUCCACCUUCCCGUGAGGAUCUGUGGGAAGAUGGAGUGAAGGUAGAGGACAACUUAAACCAAUCUAAGUUAAACACCAGGAAUGGGACUAAGGAAAAAACUGUGAGACGAGCAGGGAGCAAGAAAAAUGAUGGAUGCAGUGCCACUGAUAGCAAAGUAAUCCAGAAAAAUGAUAGAUGUUUGAAAGAAAGGGAGGAAGGUAGUUCACAACCUCCUGCAAAGAUAUCGAGACAUUGUCUGAAGACAGAGGUGAGUGAAAAACACCUAAGCAGGAAACAGUGGCGGAACAGAAUGAAAAAUAAAAAAAGAAACAAAAACAAGUUUAAAAUUGGUGAUCCAGAGGAAUUUUCCUCUGGACUACCCCCCAGUCAGAAUGCUAGAACCCCAACCUUUGAAUACACUUCCUCACAGGAUGAUAAGUUAACUGGCUCAAAAGUAUUGCAUAUGAACAGCAAGGUAUUUAAGAAGCAGCAAAAGGAUGUACUUUCAAGACUAGAAAAUGAAGAGCAGGAGAAUUUGAACUUGAAAACUACCAAAGAUUCUAAAACAAAAACAAGCAAGGGGGUUAAAUUUACUGGUGGUCCUGGAGAUUUGUCCAGGCCAAGAAUAGAGGCAAAAGUACUUGAUAAGGGGGACCCUGUGGAGCUUUCCAAAGACCAGGUACCUCUGAAGACAGAGCUCCAAGCCAAGGCAAAUGGAUCAGGUUUGGAGAAAAGGAACAUAAAGCUGUUAAAGUUAAAAAGAAUUCUGCAGCAGCAGGAGAAGGUAAGAGAUGGAAAUCAGGAGGUUGUGGCUGAGGGCUCAGUGCCAUUACAGAAGCCUGAUUCAUCAGCUUCUGAUAUUGUAGAUCACAUAAGAAUUUCAUCCUUGCCAGAUCGAUCAGCAUCCUUGAGGAUGAAGAUGGAAGAACGUCUGAAAUCGGCUCGGUUUCGUUAUAUCAACCAGCAACUAUACACGUCCAGUAGUCAUGAGGCCAAGCUUCUUUUCCAGCAUGAUAAGGCUGCUUUUGAAAUUUAUCAUCGUGGCUACACAAUGCAGGUUCAACGCUGGCCAGAAAAUCCCCUUGAUCGCAUCAUUCAGUACAUCAAAAACAAGCCAGCAUCUCUGAUAGUGGCAGAUUUUGGCUGUGGUGACUGCAGGCUUGCUCGUAGUGUAAAGAAUCAGGUGCACAGUUUUGAUCUGGUGGCACUCAAUGAUUGUGUCUCUGUAUGCGACAUGGCUCAUGUACCACUACCAGAUGAGUCUGUAGAUGUGGCUGUCUUCUGUCUCUCCUUAAUGGGAACAAACUUGCGGGAUUUCUUGGAGGAGGCCAACAGAGUUCUUAAAGUCGGGAGUGUUCUAAAAAUUGCUGAGGUGGCCAGCAGAUUUGAAGAUGUCAGAAAGUUUAUUACUGCUCUGAGUGUACUAGGGUUCAAGCUGACUUCCAAGGAUACAGAAAGUAAGUUCUUCUACAUGUUUGACUUCAUUAAGACAGGAAGCCCUAAACCGAAAAGUAAAAUUUCAGGACUGGAAUUGAAAGCCUGCUUAUACAAGAAGCGCUGACAUUUGUUUCAGACUCAUAUUUGGCUGAAGACUGGAAAUGAAGGCAUAUCUCUAUUUAUGCAAAUGCAGUAACUCAACAGGUGCACUUGCGUAGACCUCUGCAUUUGCAAGCAAAAAGAGAAAUGCAUUUGUCAUGUGAUAGAGGCACGCACAAAGUUCUGUAUGUAUAGAUGUUGAUUGUGUAGUACUACAUAGCUUUUUAUGGCUAUAACUCUGAUUUAGGGAUCCAUCUGGAUGUCUACACAAAAGACUUGAACUAAUGUUCCUAGAAGGUGAAUGGAGAUCUUU